GUUUUAAUAGAGAGAGAAAUUGGGUCUGCUCUUCAAUGGUUGAAUUAUAAGAAAGGCAGCAUUUUUCAUCAAUUGAAGAAAGGAAAGGAGAAAAAGAUAACAAACAAGAUGCGAUCUUUGAUUUGAUUCUGCGAGUGAAAAUCUUGGCCCUUGAUUCCAUUUCCGAUUACUUGAUUGUCUAAUACACUGUGGACCCAAAUGAACAGUUGUUCCGAUGAGGUCGUCACAGCUCCGGCUGACCCACCGCAGCCCCUUGACUGGAAAUUCUCUCAGGUCUUCGGUGAACGUGCAGCCGGUGAAGAAGUUCAAGAAGGGUUUGUUUUUGUGUUCUGGAUCUAUUUGGGAUCGUGGGUUUUCAAGCAAUUGUGGCUUAGCUUCAUGGCGUGUCAGUAAUUGUUGUUUGUUGCGAGUUUGAUUGUGAAUGAUUCUGAGAAAACCGUGGGUUUGCUGCAUGUGCGUAUGAUGCUUUCAUUCAGAUUGGAGAAAUAAACAGUGUGGCAGUGAACUUGGUUGUCCCAGUGGCGAUGGUGUUUAUGUUGCAUGCACCAACAAUUUCAAUUCGCUUUUAGUUUAAACUCAUUGACAGUGGGUUGGAUCCUAUUGCUUUUUCUUCCCCGUCUUAGUAAUGUUAUGGGGCUUAACUGCAUGCAAUUAAGUGUAUUGAAACUU